AUGUCGACGCAACCCGCCCCUCCCCGCCCUUCAAAUGACCACCGCCGCACCUCCGGCGCCCCCAAACGCCAAUCCAUCCUCCCAAAACCCUCCUCCAUCUUCCUCGACACCACCGUCCUCAUCGCGCAGCACGCGCAAAUCACCGGCACACACCCCGUCACAAUCGGCCCUAAUACCGUUCUCCACCCUCAUAGCAAGCUCAGCAGCGCAGUUGCACCUGUUGUCCUCGGCGAGGGCUGUGUGGUUUUUGAACGCGCGAAAGUGGGUGUUGGUAUGGGCGCUGAGGGUGAUGCGGAGGGGAAGAGAGGGAGUAUGGCACCUCCUGCAAGGGGGAGUGGGAGUGUGAGGGAAUCUAUGCGCAGUGAGGGAACGGUGUUGGGUAGGAAUGUGGUUGUUGAUUCUGGGGCUGUGGUUGAGGCGGCGGAGGUGGGUGAGGGGAGUGUGGUUGAGGUUGGUGCUGUGCUGGGGAGGGGCAGUAUUAUUGGGAGGAGGGUGGAUCGGACGCUGCAGUUAAGACCGGAGAUCCUGGAACAGAAGAUGGCGGUGCAUGCGAAGCAGUUGGAUAUGUUUAAGAAGCUUAUUCCCAAUAACAUUGCGAAGUGGUCUUGA